UGCAAUAAGCCAAUAUUCAAUAGUGCAGUGUGUAUCGUGUAAGCGUAAUCGUUGCGCAUAACUUUUCCAAACUCAAGCCACAGAGGCAUAAGGGCACAAUGUGUGGCUUGGUGCAUUUUCUUUUCUACCUCUCCCUGCUGAUGGUUAUAAAGGGUUCGCUGAGUCGGGCACGCCUUGCAGAUGAACUUCGGUGCGUAACGUACGCGUGCAAGGAUGGAGAGUGCAUGGAAGGAGAGGAAGUUUGUGACGAGACGAAGCCCGAACGGUGCGGAGGGUGUUUCGUCGUGUGGAUGACGAACAAUGUGACCAACGAGAUCAACGUAACGAUGAAAGGUUGCUUUACGCACCCGACCGACUGCAAUCAUACCGAGUGCGUCGACACGUCAACCGAUAUGAGGAAAAAUCUCAACUUCUGCUGCUGUCGCGGUAACCUAUGCAACAAGGAGCAAAAAUGGGUCCCGAUCUCAACGAAGGCACCGGAGUUGGCUGAGUCGGUUGCCGCGGAGGCCAACUGGCCAAUCAUUACCGUCAUCUCACUCACGUCCUUUGUGAUUGCGCUGAUCUUGCUGUGGGCCUACUAUUUCACCCAUCAGAAGCAAGCUAUGUUCAACGAAAUUCCAACGGUUGAACCGGACAUUUCGAGCUCGUCCACCAACAUUUCCAACCGGCCGAUUGACCUCAAGGACAUCAAAGCCCGUGGACGAUUCGGUGUGGUAUGGCGCGCACAGCUGGGUAACCAGGAGGUGGCGGUUAAGAUUUUCCCCAUGCAGGAGCGCCAGUCGUGGAUCACCGAGCAGGACAUUUUCAAGCUGCCUCGUAUGAACCACCCCAACAUUCUGGAGUUUAUCGGCUGCGAAAAGCGUGUCGACAUGGCCAGCACGGACUUCUGGCUCAUCACGGCCUACUGUGAAAAUGGGUCGUUGUGUGAUUUUCUGAAGGCACACACCGUCAGCUGGACAGACCUAUGCAAGAUUGCCAGUACGAUGGCGCGUGGUCUUACGCACCUGCACGAGGAGGUACAGGGUACGCGCACCGACGGUCUCAAACCCUCGAUAGCCCACCGUGAUUUCAAGAGCAAAAACGUGCUGCUCAAGGCGGAUCUUACUGCGUGCAUCGCUGAUUUCGGCUUGGCCCUAGUAUUCACACCAGGAAAAUCGUGCGGUGAUACGCACGGACAGGUCGGUACGCGCCGCUACAUGGCACCGGAGGUGCUCGAGGGAGCGAUCAAUUUCACCCGGGACGCAUUCCUGCGCAUCGACGUGUACGCGUGUGGGCUCGUCCUGUGGGAGCUGGUAUCACGCUGCACCGUUCACGGCGGCCCAGUCGACGAGUACCGAUUGCCAUUCGAAACCGAGCUUGGCCCCCACCCGACGCUGGAGGAAAUGCAGGAAAACGUGGUGACGAAGAAAUUGCGCCCGAGCAUCUUUGAUCCCUGGCGAAACCAUGCGGGCCUGAAUGCAAUCUGUGAAACGAUGGAGGACUGCUGGGAUCACGAUGCCGAGGCCCGGCUGUCAUCUUCCUGCGUGCUCGAGCGGCUCUCGCAGUACGCCCGGUUUCCAACACGCCAAUUUUUCGUCGCCACCAACACCACCAACGAGCUGCCGACGAAGAUAGCGUCCGAGAGCGUGUGAAAGCUUAAGCCGCUCUCGUACGCUGCAGGGGAACGGGUGCGGACGGAUGUGUCCCUCCCUUGCCGAGUUCCGUCCGGACAGGAAACAUUGCCAAGAAUUGCGUGGGACAGCACGAAUAUAUUGCGAUACUGAGAAUCGAGGAUAGGACGGAGGACGGAUCACCGUUGCUUUUAUGCGCAUUGGAAGCAGUGAGGUGAAAGCAAUUGAUCGGACCAGAAUGCGUUCUGGCGAGGUGAGAAGUAUUUGUGACCCCUGAUUUUUUAAACGAUAGAAAACAAUUUUGACAUAGACACAUUACAUUUUCUACGAUAUGUAUGUGGUAUGUAUAUAACGCAGCGAUCGUCAUGUACAUACUAUAUGUAAAAUAUCAUCUUCAUUAAACUUUAAUACUACAUAAAUGUAUCUUAAUAUAUAAUUAUGUUU